GGAUUCCCAUUGGUUAUGCAAAGGAGGGAACGCCGAGAGGGCCAAUCAGCGGCGGCCACGGCUGGGCUCGCGGAGGCAUUUUGUGGGCCCUCUGGGUGGAAGAGAAGGGCAGAGCGGGAGGCUGCUGCUGAAAGGACAGAGAUGGGGGCGUUAGGCCGGAGAGGUCUCUUCUUGGGAACUGUAAGCUGCACACUCUUUUUGGCUGUCAACAGCUUGUAUUCUUCCAGUGAUGAUGUUAUAGAACUAACACCAACAAAUUUCAACAGAGAAGUUGUUCAGAGUGACAGCUUAUGGCUGGUGGAAUUCUAUGCUCCAUGGUGUGGUCACUGCCAGAGGUUGACACCUGAAUGGAAGAAAGCUGCCACAGCUCUGAAAGGUGUUGUGAAAAUUGGAGCUGUUGAUGCCGAUAAACAUCAAUCCCUAGGUGGCCAGUAUGGCGUCAAGGGGUUUCCCACUAUCAAGAUAUUUGGUGCCAAUAAGAACAAAGCAGAAGAUUAUCAAGGGGCCAGAACAAGUGAUGCUAUUGUUGAUGCUGCUUUAAGUGCUCUCCGGUCACUGGUCAAAGAUCGCCUUGGGGGCAGAGGAGGUGGCUAUAGCUCUGGAAAACAGAGCAGCCGUGAAAGUGGAGGCUCAGGGAAAAAGGAUGUGAUUGAACUGACAGAUGACACUUUUGAUAAGAAUGUGCUGGACAGCAGUGAUGUUUGGCUGGUAGAGUUUUAUGCUCCUUGGUGUGGGCAUUGCAAAAAUUUAGAGCCAGAAUGGGCAGCAGCUGCAACAGAAGUGAAAGAGCAAACCAACGGGAAGGUGAAAUUGGCAGCUGUAGAUGCCACAGUGAACCAGGUGUUAGCCAGUCGAUAUGGGAUCCGUGGGUUCCCCACCAUAAAGAUCUUCCAGAAGGGAGAAGACCCCAUUGAUUAUGAUGGCGGGAGGACAAAAACAGAUAUUGUUGCUCGUGCCGUGGACUUGUUCUCAGAGAAUGCGCCGCCGCCUGAACUCCUGGAGAUUAUUAAUGAAGAUGUUUUGAAGCAAACCUGUGAUGCUCACCAGCUGUGUAUCAUUUCUGUCUUGCCCCAUAUUCUUGAUACAGGAGCUGCAGGAAGAAAUUCCUACUUAGAAGUCAUGUUGAAAUUGGCUGACAAGUACAAAAAGAAGAUGUGGGGGUGGCUUUGGACGGAGGCUGGAGCUCAGUCGGAUCUUGAAAAUUCCUUAGGAAUCGGAGGCUUUGGAUACCCAGCUAUGGCAGCAGUGAAUGCUCGAAAGAUGAAAUUUGCAUUGCUAAAAGGAUCUUUCAGUGAACAAGGGAUUAAUGAAUUCCUCAGGGAACUCUCUGUUGGCCGAGGAUCAACAGCACCAGUAGGUGGAGGGGGCUUUUCAAAGAUCAACACUGUAGAGCCUUGGGAUGGAAAAGAUGGGGAGCUGCCAGCUGAAGAAGAUAUUGAUCUCAGUGAUGUAGAUCUGGAUGACUGGGAUAAUGAGAAGGAUGAAUUGUGAGACCAUGAAGACAUUGGGUUGCUUGAGAGACUUUGAAUAGUCAUUUGACUGAACUUUGCUUUGCAGCAGAGGGAUGUACCAGGGGUCUUUUUUUGCUGAGACAGAAUAUGAGUCAGCUGUUGAGAAUGCUGUUAACAGUGUGCCUCUCAAGAAAAAAAAUCUCAAAAAUUCUGUGAAUUAUUUUUUGUAUCAAGUAAAAUUGAUUGUAUUCUGUGCAACAGAUACCUUGAGGAUGACACUGACCUUUCAUUGAAAUACUCCCAUCCUGUAUAAACUCAUCCAGCUGGUAUGUGGUGGUUGGCGGUGACUCGAGACUUUUAUUGUCAUUAGUUUGAACAUGUGACCUUCCCCUCCCCCCCCCCCCAGGUGCUAGUUGCUCUAGCCUUCAUUUCAAUGAAAGAAUAAAACUAUUUUUGACACA